GCUUGUUUACGACGUGCCCGGGAUUCUCAACCUCAUGGCAUGUCGCUCUUCAUCUCACUGACGUUAUCGUCCUUUUUCUCGAUACGACAUUCGGUACAUUUUUUGCUGCAUUCUGCAGUUUGCAUAGCAGUUUCGAUGUGAUAACGUAUUGUGUGCCUUGAUGUAAUAUUUGCAAUUGUCGAUUUGCUGUUGAUUGGCAGAGAUCGAUAUGGCGUCCUCGUGUAUGAUUUUGCAACGUGGUAUCGCGACUUCGUGCGUCUGUCAUGGAAAACGAAAUUUUCGGAAGUUCUUAUUGUACAAUAAACGCGGCAGUCGUGCUUUCAAAGAGCAACAAGCGAAAAAUCCUGAUCCUGAUAUACCAAUAGACAAGAGAGGUGUAAAAGAUACUGGAUACAAACGUGGCGAUGAGUGGGUCCAUGUGCCAGAGAUGGUUCCUGAAUUAAUUGUCCCAUCACUGGAGGGAUUUACAUUGAAGCCAUACGUGUCAUACAGAGUACAAAAUGUAAAGUCACCCAGAUUUAGCGCUCACCGUUUGUUUGACGCUCUCUAUGCUAAAAAGAUAAAAGAGGACUUUGAGAAGGGUGAAUUGGAUGAAAACGGAGAACCAUUAAAUCCUAGUGAGUAUGAGAAGCUUACGCCACAAGAAGCCAAGGACAACGCUGGGAAAACAGGUAGUGACAUUUUUCAGCUCAGCCGACGGUCUUGAAGCUCUACUUCAAUAUUUAUGAUUGUAAUGUAAAUAUAGAAAUUCUUUUCCGGAUGCGUAUUGUGUCAGAACAAUAAAGAAUCUUCAAUAUGCUCCAAACACA